AUGUCUGAUGACGAUGAGUCUAGUGAUGAGCAACUCGAACAGGAUUUGAUGGAGAACUCUGCAAGCAAUCAUGGUAAAAGCGAUGAAGAUGGGAUUCUUGAAAGUGAUGAUGAAGACGUAAGAACUAUUCGAAAACGAAAGCGUUUCAUUGAUGAAGAUGAUGAGGAGGAUGACGAUGAUGAUGAUGAUGAUUAUGAAGAGGAAGAUGAUGAUCGUCGUAGUAAAAAGUCGAAGAGAAGGAGAAAACGACGCACCGGAGUACAUCAGUUCAUCUUGGACGAUGUAGAAGUAGAUGAAGAUGAAGAAGAGGAAGAUGGCUACGAAGAGGAUGGUGAUGAGAUGGGGAUCGAUCCAAGAGAAAGGGAAGAAGCUGAAAGAAUGAUGAAAGAACAGGAUGAAAGAAAUCGUAAAGGACGUCGUCGUGAUCUGUUCAGUGGAAUGAAUGAAGAUCAAAUAGAAGACUAUUUCAAAAAAAAAUAUGCAAAUCAAUCGUCAUAUGCAGGUGUCAUGGAUGAUGACACUGCCUUAGAUGAUAUAAGCCGCCAGUCUCUGCUUCCUAGCACGAAUAAAGACCCAAAUUUGUGGAUUAUCAAGUGCCGUUUGGGUGAAGAAAAGCUAGUUGCAUUGCAGCUGAUGCGAAAGUUUAUUGCUUACGAAAAUACUGACAAUCCUUUGCAAAUCAAAUCGGUAGUUGUGAAAGAAGGUCUGAAAGGUAUGAUUUACAUAGAAGCAUUCAAACAGUCUCAUGUGACGACUGCAAUUACUGGCAUUUCGGCUUUAAAUCAGUUCAAAAUAGCUAUGGUUCCGAUCAAAGAAAUGUGUGAUACGUUAAAAGUAGCCAAAGACAUUCCAUCUUUGAAAAACGGAAUGUAUGUUCGAUUAAGGAGGACCAUGUAUCGUGAUGAUUUGGCUCAGGUUGACUGGGUAGAUGUUGCGCACAACAAAGCUUACUUGAAGCUGAUACCGCGUAUAGAUUACACUCGCAUGCGUGGAGCACUCAGAGCACCGGAUGAACCAAGAUUGGUGAAAAUGAAACGACGGCCACAAGCUCGGUUGUUUGAUGUUGAUAGAAUCAAAGAAAUUGGUGGAGAAGUUUCAACGGAUGGCGAUUUUUUGACAUUUGAGGGAAAUCAGUAUCGUCGGGGUUUUUUAUACAAAUGGUUUCCGCUUAACAUCAUCCAAGUAGAUGGUGUGAAACCUUCUCUCAAUGAACUUGAAAAAUUCCAAGAAACAAGCGAUGACUUAAAGAAAGAAUUAGAAGGAGUGAAGAUAAAAGAUUCAUCCUACAUUUUUGCACCCGGUGAUUACGUGGAAGUAGCGGAUGGUGAGUUGGUGAAUCUACGUGGUAGGAUUCAAAGUGUUGAUGGUGAAAAAAUAGUCAUGAUACCUGACCAUGAAGACCUGAAAGAACCACUAACAUUGAACGCCUGUGAGCUAAAAAAAUUUUUCAAAACUGGUGAUCAUGUGAAAGUCAUAAAUGGUCGCUAUGAAGGAGAUACCGGACUGAUUGUUCGCGUGGAAGAUAAUCUUGUCAUUCUGUUAUCCGACUUGACAAUGCAUGAGUUAAAAGUAUUACCACGAGAUGUACAACUGUGUGCAGAUGUCACUACUGGUGUGGAUUCUUUGGGGCAGUUUCAGUAUCAAGAUCUUGUUAUGCUGGAUCAGCAAACAGCAGGUGUCAUUGUUCGCAUAGAGAGAGAAUACUUGGAAGUACUGAACAUGCAUGGCAAAGUUGUACGAGUAAAGCCUCAAGCAAUUCAUGGAAAAAAGGAUACUCGUUUUGCACAGGCACUUGAUAGUCAACAAAACAGUAUUCAAGUGAAAGAUACCGUUAAAGUUGUGGAUGGACCGUAUGCGAGUCGUGGAGAUAUAGAAGAUGAGAAACAGGGCGAAAUUAAACAUAUAUAUCGUUCUUACGCUUUUGUGAUGUCUAGAAAACACAUAGAAAAUGGUGGCCUCUUCGUUUGCAAACCAAGACAUUUACUUUUAAUUGGCGCACGAGCAAGCACUAAAAUUGGAGAUUUCACUGUAAAAGGAUUGGCAACACCAGAUCCAUUUUCAAGCCCUCGGCACAUUGAAUUAGGAGGCCAAACUCCUCGACCUGGUAAUAUGUCUAGUGGUAGAAGCAUUAGAGGCGGUGCUACUCCUUCCCAACAUGGCAACUUAAAAGCAUCAGAUAAGUUUUAUAUGAUUCCAGAAGGUAGUUCAGUUGGUGUACCAAGUACGGGGGGCUUCGAAUCUCAUAAUCGGAUCCGUCGAGAUAAUCAAAUUAUUGGUAAAAGUGUAAGAAUCACACAAGGCCCGUUAAAAGGGUACUUCGGUAUUGUGAAGGAUGCUACUGAGCAAACUGCUCGUGUAGAAUUGCAUUCUAAUUGUAAGACCAUCAGUGUUGAUCGUUCUCGAAUAAUGAUUGUUAGUGAUGGUGCAGCAGGUGGUAUGUUGGUUGGAGGAUUACUUGGUAGAACACCAUCUGGUGAUAGUCGAACUCCUAUGUACAGUGGUGGUAGUAAAACUCCAAUGUAUGGGGCCCAAACUCCCAUGUAUGGUUCUCAGACGCCUCUUCAUGAAGGAAGUCGGACACCUCAUUAUGGUGCUAUGACACCAUCCUAUGAUGGCGGACGUACUCCUGUACAUUCUUCGGCUUGGGAUCCAUCCACAACACCAGCACAUCCAGUUGGUGAUGACAUUCAUUAUGAUGAACCUUCGUCACCUUUCAAUGUUCCUACUCCUGGCACAGCGAAUCCACAUACUCCUGGCUACAAUCCAGAUUCUUCUCUCGGACAGUCAUAUGCGCCAAUGACGCCUGGUGGAAUGUUUGCUGAUUACGCUGCUCCGAGCCCUUUUUCGGAUGGUCCACAACAUGUAUUAAAUUCUGGAGAGUGGGUCUCUGUUGAUAUGGUGGUUCAGUUCCGAAAUAGUUAUGAUGAUGAUGAACUUAAAUGUCAGGAAGGAACUGUGAAAAGCAUCGAUACGAUUGAGGGUCGUUGUACCAUCUAUUCAUUUGAAUUAGAUCGCGAGGUGACAGCAUAUUUUGAUCAAAUUCUUCCCGUCAAACCUCAACAAGGUGAUAGGGCAAAAAUAAUAUAUGGUGACGAUAUUGGAAUAAGUGGUACUUUAGUGUCUGUAGACAAUGCAGAAGCAGUGGUAAAAACGGACAAUAAUGAUAUUGUAUUGAGUCAUAUUGAUUCACUUUGUCGUAUGGAGAAUUUUAUGAAAGGUCAUUAUUCUAUUCUAGUUAUGGGAGAGUUCACCCCAAGGUUUGAGCGUGAUUUAGAAAAUCGGAACACCGGUCCGAAAGCAUUACCUACCGCCGGUGCAAUUGCUGUUAAAAAUGAAAAGGGUGAAAUAACUAUGCAGAAAGUAAAAGUGGUUCGCUAUAUGGCUGGUAAAGUACCUGCUUAUGCUGUUGGAAAAAAUGAAUCUUCUGCUGGAGAACAAAGUGAUGAUGAAGAAGAGAAAGCACUUGGUGACGUUCGACAACGAGAAACGAGGCGUGUAACCGAUGUUACUAAAGAGAGCGGAAAUUUAAGUAGCUCAGAUGACGAAGAAGAAGCAGAAAAAAGGCGAACUAGAGCGAGAUUAAGACGAAUGCAAUUGGAAAUGCAAGAAGCGCCAGUGGAAGAAGAUGAACCUGAUGAAGAUAAUGAAGAAGAAUUUGAGCGACGGCGAGCACUAUUGCGUGCUCGAGCAUUAAUCAAGGAAGAAGAAGAAUUGAUAGGAAAGCAGGAAGAGGCAGAAGAAGAUGAAGACAGUGAAGAAGAAUCUAGCGAAGAGGAGAGUGAAGAAAGUGAAGAAGAAGCGGUUCCCAGAUUGAAGCCUGUUUUCAUCGAAAAAAGUAAGCGAAUAACAAAAAUCGAAGAAGAAAAGGAAAAAGAACGUGCCAAAAGACAACUGCUUGAGGAGCGCGAAAGAAAAGAAAGAAGGAAGAAAGAAUCUGUGAAGUUAGUGGAAGAAGUUUUACGGCGUGAAGCCGAAAUAGAAAGGCGCAAAAAGGAAGAUAAUAUUGACUUGACAUCAGUUAUAACAGAUGAUGAAAAUGAAGAAAUUGCAUAUGAAAGUUGGAAACUCCGUGAAUUGAAAAGAUUGAAGAGGAAUAAAGAGGAACGUGAUGCGCUAGCUCGAGAAAAAGUUGAAUUAGAUCGAAUACAUGGUAUGACCGAAGAAGAACGAAAACUGUAUUUACGAAUGAAUCCCAAAAUAAUUACCAAUAUGCAAAAGAAAGGCAAGUAUAAAUUUCUUCAAAAAUACUUCCAUCGUGGAGCGUUCUAUUUGGAUGUUGAAGAUGACAUUUUCAAGCGAGAUUUUGCUGAAGCAACUCUUGAAGAUCAGUUUGACAAAUCUGUGCUCCCGAAAGUUAUGCAAGUUAAAAACUUCGGUAAGGCUAGCCGCUCCAAGUGGACACACUUAACUGCUGAAGACACAACUGAUCAUCAGGGUGCGUGGGCUGCUACGACUGCUUUAAGUGCCAAAUUCUUAGUCAAAUAUGCUGGAGGAAUGAAAAAUAAUUUCGAGAGACCAGCUGCGAAGAAAAGAAAGACAGAAUUAUAA